GACCAUGCGGCUCUGGGAGGAGCCACUUAUCUUUACGAAGCAACCGAAGACUACAAGAAUAAAUCCUGCAGUUUUCAACUUCCAAAGAUUUUUUCCACUGAGACCAUAAAUGAAUUCACAAAAAACAAAUCAGGGCCUAUGUAUUGGCUUCCGGAAUGUGAGGUAAUGGGUUUUGUUAAAACAAAAUACGAAAACGAGUCUGAUGACUGGCCGGACAUACAAUUCUUCUUCGCCUCGUAUGCAGACAACACUGACGGAGGGCUCUUUGGAAAGCGGGUGGUGGGUCUUUCCGACGACUUUUAUACAGCGGUGUACGAAGAUAUAAUAUACAAAGACGCUUUCAACAUUAUCACGCUGCUGAUGAGGCCUAGAAGUAGAGGAAGGCUCAUGCUCAAGGAUAAGAACAUUCACUCGAAGAUUCUCAUUUAUCCGAAUUAUUUCGAUGAUCCUCAAGAUUUGAAAGUGAUGGUGGAAGGAGCAAAAAUUGGACACCGGAUUGCAUUGUCCCAAACAAUGAUGAACUAUAACACCACCUUCAACAAGUUACGUAUACCUGGCUGUCACCAUUUAGAGUUCCUUUCCGACGAGUAUUGGGCUUGUCAAGCCCAACAUUAUACCAUGACGAUAUAUCACCCUGUAGGAACAGCGAAGAUGGGCCCGGAUGAAGAUCCCACAGCUGUUGUAGACCCACGGCUCAGAGUUCGAGGAAUAAAAAAUCUGAGGGUUGUGGAUUGUUCUAUUAUGCCGUAUAUUCCCACUGGAAACACAAAUGCCCCUGUCAUAAUGGUCGCAGAAAAAGCUGCCGAUAUGAUCAAAGAGGAUUGGGGUGUUCUCCACAAGUUUGUUGAUUCCAGCGAAGAAGCCAGUACAGAAGAAGUUGAGCAAGACGAAAGUGCUG